AUGAACCGCCCGUAUGAUCUGAUUGUGUAUGGCGCCACCGGCUACCUGGGGUCCCUGGUGGUGCAGUACCUGUGGACUCAUGGUCCGCCAGCCCUCCGAUGGGCUGUUGCUGGCCGCAGCGAGCAGAAGCUGGCGACCCUUGUGGACUCCUUGGACCGACCCCAAUCCCACCGCAAGCUGCCCCAUGUCAUGGUGGCCACCCUCAGCGGCGAGGACUUGGGGCACAUGGCCUCCCAAACACGCCUUGUGCUUAACACGGUCGGACCCUUUUGCAAAUAUGGGACACCCGUUGUGGCAGCCUGUAUAGAGCAUUCCACCGCUUAUGUAGAUUCCACGGGGGAACACGUUUGGACGCAGCAGCUGGCAGCGCAGUGGCAUGAAAAGGCGAUGGCCAACAAGGCAAUUAUUAUCCCACAAUGCGCCGUGGAGUCAAGCCCCCCGGACCUUAUGACGCUCCUUCUGGCACGGAGACUGCGCCGUCCUCUUGGGCCCAUGUUCUUCACAAUUCAGCAUUCCUGGACCGGCUACAGCGCGGGGACCAUUGCAAGCAUCCUCGCUGGCCUGGAGACGUACUCGCUCCGGCAGAUGAUGGCUGCCAGUGCACCACGCGCGUCCUGUAUCCCAGACGCCGGACCGCAUCGGCCUCAUCCCGCUCCCAACCUCCCCGUCCGACGGGAUCGCUUUCUCGGCGACCUCACCUUCAACCCCUCGGCGAUGGCAGAUCAAGCCGUCGUCAUGCGCACCUGGUCACUCCUACAGCGAUACGGGGACCGAACCGAACGAUAUGGGGACCGAUUCAGCUUCCAGGGCUAUACCGCUGCGAAGAGCUGGCUGCAGGCGUGGUCUUCGUUUCUCACCGUGUCCGUCGCGGUCUUCUGUACCCUGCUAUUUCCGCCACUCCGGUGGCUGCUUCGAUGGCUCUCUCCGCAACCGGGAACAGGGCCGCAGUUGAAACCGGGGGAGAGACAUUUCGUGGAAUGGAAGGCCACAGUCGCAGCGGCUGGGCCCGAUGUAAGCGAACCCAGCGCCUUGGGCGUCAUGCGCAUGGAUACGGAUGUGUAUAGCGUCUGCACGACUUUGGUUAGCGAAGCCGCCUUGACCCUGCUGCAAGUUUUGGAAGGGAAAGAAGAGGGCUCGAUGGCCAAGAAAUUGGGAGGCGGGAUCCUCACCCCGGCAUCGUUGGGGAUCCCGUACGUGCAGCGGCUGGAAAAGGCAGGAUUGCAGUGGAAGGUGACUGAAAUCAAAGGGAAAGAGGAGUAG